CGGGUUUUGGUUGACGUCAUGUCGCGUUAAUAAUUUAAAAGCUGAAAAUGCCAAAAGUUUCUGCUGAAUUUGAACAUGAAACGCUGCAUGAGUGUAAAUACAGUUUCCCUGUUGAAACUCUGAAUGACAUCAGAGGUGUCAGAGCUGCCUACAGAGACCUGCGGCUCUAUGUGGAUUUCUACUGUUACCCAAACAAAGAGAAGAAAAAGUUGGUGUAUUUGGCAGGCACUGUUCCUGUUCACUUUGAUGAACAUGAGUAUAACAUCCCAGUAUGUAUCUGGCUCCACGACACUCAUCCUACCAACCGUCCCAGGUGUUACGUCUGUCCAUCUGUCUCCAUGGUGAUUAACCCUGUCUGUCCCUGUGUGGACACCAGUGGACACGUCAGUCUGCCCUACCUGACCAACUGGAGGAAUGGUGUGUCCAAUCUCACCCUGCUAAUCAUGGAGAUGAGGCUGGCCUUCCAAAAAGACACACCCCUUUAUGCCACACCCCUUCAUGUUACGCCCCCUGGCCCAAACAGAACCCAGCACACUCCAGAACACAGUACACCUCUGAUGCUGGCUGAGCCACAUGAACGGCAUGUUGCUGAAGCAAGCACCUCCUUCUCUCAGAAGCCCAGAUGCUCCUCGCUGUUCUCCACUCAGUUCCUGGAGAGGAGCGGGGCAGAAAAUCUCCAGGCACAACCCUGCAGUUCUAAAGAAUCUCGACUGGACCUGGAGAGGCUAAACCGGACCAAGGUCCCACCUCCUAUAAAUCUCCCCCCUGAUAAGGUGGCCAUGUUCCACAGCCUGCUGGCCCUGGAGGGGCAGAGAUUUAACCCCAAAGACAUUCUGGAAGCAGUCCAGUUAAAUGGGGACCUGCCAGCGGCCAUCAAGUUCCUGUCACAUGACUGUCCCAUCUGUCAGGACCAGGUGUCCUUCAGUAAGAUCAUAACCAUGACCCACUGCUCCUGUGCCUUCUGUGAGAAUUGUUUCAAAGCCUACUUCUCCUCAGCCAUCAAGGAGAAGAGCAUCACCCAGCUUGUCUGUCCACUGUGCAGCCAGCCUGACAUCAGAGUACAGCACGGCAAUGAGGAUUUUAUGGACUACUUCAACCUGCUGGACACGCAGAUCCGACACUACCUGGACCCCCAGAGCCAUGAGCUCUUUCAGAGGAAACUACGAGACCAAGCCCUACAGGAGAUGCCCAACUUCUGCUGGUGUGCUCAUUGUUCUUUUGGAAUGCUCCAUGAAGCUGAGAGGCUGAGGAUGGACUGUCCUAGUUGUAAGAAGAGUACCUGCUCUCAGUGCAGAUCAGCUUGGGACCCUCAGCACCAGGGCCUCUCCUGCAGUCAGUUCAGAGAAUGGCAACUUCACAACAACCCUGAGCACCAGCGGGCAAUGCUGGAUAGGCUCCUGAGCAGCAACAAGAUAGAGUGCCCAAACUGCCAGUUCAUCUUCUACCUUUCUAAAGGAGGCUGCCUUCACUUCAGCUGCACCCAGUGUCAGCACGAGUUCUGUGGAGGCUGCAGAAAACCUUUCAAACUGGGCUCUGCAUGUGGCUUUUCUGUGGAGUGCAGAGAUAAAGGGCUGCAUGCCCACCACCCCAGGGACUGUCUUUACCACCUGAGGGACUGGAGUGUGUCGCGGCUCCACCAACUCCUACAGCAAUACAAAGUAUCUCCCAUGUGGCUUAGUAGAGCCAAUGGCAGCUGCCCGGAUGCUAAUGCAGAAGCUCUUCCGGGGGUUUGCUCGGUUCUGGAAUUGCGUGAUGUGAGCCGCCGGCGGGAGGAGCCGUGUGGUCGACCCGCUCUGCCACAACACAGAGGAUACUGCCAGCAGCACUACAAAGAGCAUCUGGUGGACCUGAUCAACCAGACCCAGGCCGACCCUGCCAUCCUGUUCGAUGCAGUGGAGAUUGUCGCUGAGCUGCGGCGCUGGCAUGUCACCGUUCCAACCAGAGGACAAGAGGAACCAGAAGCCUUUUACAUGCAGCGCCUCCGACUGACUCUGAGACACAGUGUACCCCUGAGAGACCAGCUGCCCAUACCAGUCAGAGCUAAACAUGACCUCUGCACUGUGACCUCUUCUUCCAUGCCAGGCCCCCCCACAACCACUCUGCAACUUCCGUGGAAUUCAGUCGAGAAUUAA